GUGACCUGCGAGGUCGUGAAUAGCCAGUGACGCUCGAGUUGUGGCGGAAAGUGACGCUGAGCAGCUCGCUGAGGAGGAACGACGGACUUUAGUCCUUUAACACAGUACUCGAAUAUCUCAAUCUCGCGAUCGAUGUAAUCGGAACAUUUGCUCUUCGUAAAAAAAAAUGGCAGACCUUUUCCUGGACGUUGAGAAAGAGGCCGCUGAGUAUAAUGCUGUGCUUCUUGAGCGUUGGCAUGAUGCGCUCGAACAAUCGUCCAACACUUUAGGCGACGACAAAGCGUUGGCUCAAAGUCUUGGGACUCCCGAAGCGUUCUUGAAGCAUCUCGAACAGGAGCAACAACGCAGUAAUGCACAAUGGUUGACCAAAGUACGGUCGCUGGUGUUUCCAUACAUCAAAGCCAUGAAGUCGUUUUCUGUCUUGUUCCUUGCGCUUCUUGCCGCGCCGCCAACGUCUGCCGGCUUCACCAUCGUCUGGGGAGUAUUUUUCCUGUCUAUCCAGGUUUGCUUGCAAACUGAGGAUCGUUUUCAAAACAUGCUGGAGAUACACAAAAGUAUCCGUCAGACGCUUCUGAAGAUUAGUCGAUUGUCGUCUUAUUUGCGAAGCAGUCUCGAAGAAGAUGAGGACUUUAAAGAAGCUGUGGUCGACAUCUAUGUCGUCUUAGUCAAGUUCUGGGUGGAAGCAAUUAAAUUGAUUCAGGAAACGCAACUGAACCCUAACACCGACGAACCUUGGAAGACACUUAAGUCUAGGCUCAACCGCGCGGUCACAAAAGUCGAGGAGAAAUACCGUUACAUGAAGGAAGUCGCAGAUGAUCGCGCACUACAUGGGACUGGCAGUGCGAACCUCCCUUUAAGACUUGAAGCUGGUGCUAUGCCAAAAGCCCAACCCAAGCGGCCUGUCUUUGUCUUGAGCAUACCCGAAAAUUCCCAAUUCCAGGGACGAGUUGAGCUUCUCGAGCGCAUUCACGCUCACCUUAAUCCAGGUAGCCGAUCGACCAGACUUGCUUGCUUCACGAUCUAUGGGUUGGGUGGUGUCGGUAAGACACAAACUGCUGCUGCUUACGCGUACAAGUAUGGAAAUCAGCAAGGACAUGGCACCGCCUACGAUGCUGUACUUUGGAUCAAUAGCCAAAACGACGAGUCCAUAAGGAGCAGCUUUGCUGAUGUAGCAUUCGCAUUGAAGCUGGAGGGAGUAAAUGGCACAACCGGCCCAGACCAUAUCAGAAGGAAAGUACAAAAUUGGCUUUCUGACACCGAUCAAACUUGGUUAUUGAUAUUCGACAAUGUGGAUUGCUGGGAUACAAUAACUGCAUGCUGGCCUCCGGGUACCUCGAAAGGCUCCAUCAUUAUCACGAGUCGUGAUUGGUCGUUAGCAGAUCAGCCAGCUAGUGCCGGUGAAGAACUAGUGAAACUCGAUCCUUCCGAUAGUAGAGCGCUCUUUGGUAAGCUGUUGGGUUCAUUCCCUCAGGACGGUACAGAGCACGUGGUGGCCUUCGACCAGAUACUGAAGUACCUUGAUGGGUUGCCUUUGGCGAUACAUCAAGUUGCUAGCAUCAUACGGUCGAACCAUUAUGAUCUAACAAAAUUCCUCAAACUGUACAAGGAUAACAGAAGUCAGAUGCACCAAGAGCGUGGUACUAGCAGCUACGCGUUCUACAAGCAUACGCUUCAUAAUGUCUGGAUGUUUCCUAGUGGAGAAACAAACACUACAGAUGGACAGCUCAGACAUUUGCUUGGAGUACUUUCUAUGCUGGUCUCGGACAGUAUCCCGCAAGAUCUACUUCUGCGCUCGGUUCCUCUACCGGGAAACGAUGCAAUGCGCUUCCGGAAGCUGUACGAACAAGAAAUGCUACUUCGCUCAUUAUUAACGAAGCUUCGCUCCACAGCGAUGAUAAGACAAUCGAGCGAUGUAAUUUCGAUCCAUAGACUAACACAGGCCGCUUUCAUCGACUUCAUCGAUGCUACGCAAAAGAACGAGAGCUUCGCAGUUGCAUCUAUGCUAGUGUUCGAUAAAUUCCCAAAGCAGCACCGAGGCGAUCCUCUUCUUCCCCACUGGAAAGAAUGCUCGGACUUCGCGCCGCAUGCACGCAGUUUGGUUGAGCGUUGGCAAGAAUUCCAUGAGCAGGGUUUGGCGAUCACUGCACCGGUCGAGUUUAUCAAGCUUCUCUGCAACGCAGCAUGGCAAGUUACAUUCCAAGUUUGGUUUCUUAUAGGCUGAGACUGUCAGGUAUCUAAGAGAAAUCAACGACUACGAUGGCGCUUUGUUCUUCAUCGAAACUGGUAUCAGUGCUUCUAAGCACUUGUCUACAUUUACAUCAGAAGCCGAAC